AUGGGAUUGCCCCGAGGAACAGAUGGUCCACAUGGGGCAUUGCUGCCCUCGGUGCCCUCCUCUGGGGCUGCUGGAGUAGCUGCUAAACCACCUCCUCUACUUGAGGUUUGGGAUCCGAAUGAUAUUGAGGCUCCCCUUGUCUCAGGGUCGUGCCAAUUGGAGUACCCUUCGGUCCCUAUGGCGAUUCCUACGAAAAUACUUAAUAAAGCCUGA